AUGGCUGCACUUGAAGUCCUACCCGACUCCCGGGACUGGGAGCAGGUGGCUUCGACGCCCUUUCGGACCGUGGAUGCUACUUCUCCACCACUUUCUCCCCACUAUAACCUCGACCAGUCUUUCGAGGACUUGGAGGAACAGGAACCUAUGCCGGGAAAUAUUCUACCAAACGAUCACAAUCAAUCCGGUGACACGAAUGCAGUUUCAGGAGAUGAUCGUAUUAUCAUUGAUCUCACUCAAGAUUCCCAAGAAAAUUUCGUAGAUGAAACAAAAGAAUACCACGAACGAGCUCAGAGAUCUUAUCGACUACCCUUGGCAGAUAUCACGCAUGAUGUGGUGUCAAGCGCAUCGGUAGUACUGGCUACCUAUGAAAAGCCAAUCGUAUCUCUACCUUCAACUCACCUAUUUCAAGGCCCUAUAUUUGAAGAUGCGUGCGAGGUCAAGUUGACAAGCGCUAGAAGUGAUGAUUUGACAGCUGCCUUGGAUAUAAGCAACCUUGCAGAUGAAUCUACGAAAGAGCCAUUUGAUAAUUUUUCGGAUCGGCUUAAUGCACCCCUCAGAGUUGGCACUGCUGGUAAUGCAAUUUUGGUCCAGGCUACCCCACACUUGGUUAAUGCAUCAAACAAAACACCUCUAAGAAACCAACUCACCUGCAGAGAGAGAAAAUGCAUUAUUGUAUCAUCUAUUCGCAGACCUCCCCAUAUUAAAAAGGCCAUGCAGCUAUGGUUGGAAGCGACCAAUCGUUUGCUCGACCCCUUCAGAGAAGACAAUGAAUGCUGGUUUCAUCCAGCACCACCACCACCUCGCAUGACUUCAAUUGGUACAUUGCGUCCCUACGGCAAGAUACGGAAGUCUUUCUACUGGCAAGAUCUCAAUGGCAAACACAGUAUUGUCUUAAACUUUGGUAUAGUUUCCAAGAUUUUGUUUCAUACUAUAUCAAAAUUGCAAAAGGAUGGGUUCAUCAACAAGAAGUGGCAUCUUAGCCAUCUUUGUGGGAACUGGACAUGUUUGAAUCCGAAUCAUACUACUGUUGAACCUGGAAAUGACAACAUUAGUCGCAAUAAUUGCUUCUCACAUAGAGGUGGGUGCUUGCACAAUCCAAAUUGCAUGAAGGAAAAGAAAGUAAAUUUGGGUGCAAACGGCAUCCCCAUUUACCAAGAUACUGGAAUGGUGCAAGAUAUAAACAAUGCAGUGGAAAAAGAAAUUGAAGACUGGUCAAUGCAGAACUUUGAUGAUGAUGAUGAUGAUGAUUUCAUUGGGCAUGAAGAAUUACCAGUCAAUUAG